AUGGUAGCUGGUGUACCAGCCUGUGGCAAACACACGCGGGUGCAGGACGCGCAGAAGAUCGACGAAAAUGAUCCCACUGCGCCUGGCUUUCCGGAACCCAUCAAUAACGUGACAGUAUCUGUGGGCAGAGAUGCGCUACUGGCGUGCGUCGUCGAUAAUCUGAAAGGAUAUAAGGUCGCUUGGGUGCGUGUGGACACACAGACAAUACUCUCCAUACAUCACAACGUCAUAUCGCAAAAUAAUCGCAUCAGUCUGAGUUAUAAUGAUCAUCGCUCUUGGUACUUGCAUAUUAAGGAGGUGGAAGAGAGCGAUCGCGGUUGGUACAUGUGUCAAGUGAAUACGGAYCCAAUGCGCUCGCAAAAGGGCUAUCUACAAGUUGURGUACCUCCCGUCAUAAUUGAAAGCAUGACCAGCAAUGACAUGGUGGUCCGUGAAGGUCUGAAUGUGACACUUAUGUGCAAAGCACGCGGUUAUCCGGAGCCAUAUGUGAUGUGGCGGCGAGAAGAUGGCGAGGAAAUGCUUAUCGGCGGUGAACACGUUAACGUGGUUGAUGGCGAGCUGCUGCAUAUAACCAAAGUGAGUCGGCUGCACAUGGCCGCCUAUCUCUGCGUGGCAUCAAACGGAGUGCCGCCAUCCAUCAGCAAGCGGGUGCACCUGCGCGUGCAAUUUCCGCCGAUGCUUUCCAUCCCUAAUCAGUUAGAGGGCGCAUAUGUGGGGCAGGAUGUGAUAUUGGAAUGUCAUACAGAGGCAUAUCCAGCGUCCAUAAACUACUGGACAACCGAGCGCGGUGAUAUGAUUAUAUCAGAUACGUCGCGUGCUGGCGACAAAUACGAGACAACCUCAACGGUUAGUGGUUACACGAAAUACAUGAAAUUAAAAAUACGCUCUGUGGGUCCCAACGAUUUCGGUACUUAUCGAUGCGUCGCUAAAAAUUCAUUGGGCGAAACGGAUGGCAACAUUAAACUUGAUGAAAUGCCAACGCCCACAACCGCAAUAAUAUUGGAGAAUUCUGCUUGGAAUCGGAGUUUAGUUGGUAAACACCGCCAUAGAAAUAAAUUUGACUUGAAUGCCUUACCUGAUUAUGGAGUCGAGGAGUGGCGCGACGGUGUCGGCAACGCCGUGGCAGGCAAUUCGUUGGACGAUAAUAAUCAAACACCAGUGCGUAAUCCUCCGGGCGCUUUUCACAAUUCAGCAAACUCACUGGCGCAACAUAAUCUACUUGGCGGUAUAAUUCUUUGGAUUAAAAUGCAAUCAUUUGGGAUUUACAAGCGUUUAUCGAGUUGGUGCCAAAGCAAGCGGCAACGACAACACCAACACCAACAACGCCAACCGAACGCGACAAAGCCGGAGCAAAGGCAAACACAACCACAACAGCUGGCGGCGUAUCAGCAAAAAAAUGGAAAACAACAYGCACAACAACAAGAGCAACACCAAAUGAAAAGGCUACCCUUAAAGUAUCAACCAAAAAAUCAUUUUGCUUCGCUUCAACGGUGCGCCACUGCGUAUGAGCAAUCAGCAGAACAGCGCUACAAGGGAGGACAGUCGGCGGCGGAGGCGGAGGCGGGGCGCACUUGCGGUGUGGCUGCUUACACGCAACGCGGUUGCUUACAGCAGCCAUCUCAAUGGCUGAUAAGGCGAAUUGAUGCGUCGUGCGCGGCAUUCGAGGACAGUGAGUUGAAAAUGGAAUACGAAAACGAGAAAAGUAAUGAGUGGCCCAACAAAGUCAGCGGCGCACUCGAGCCUUUACACAGCCAUAUGCCGAUGAUUUUGCGGCCACUUGCGUUGACAGCGCCAUUUUUACACGCCAUAUCGAGUGGCGUAUCAGCUGCAACAACAAAAAUAACAAGARGAGCCACACCUCUGCUAACGAAUUUGUCGUUUGCAAAGACAAUGGCGGCAAAUAGCGCUGUAAUUUUCACAAUGCAUACGCAAAAAUUAGCCGAGAAAAUCAACGACGUUGAAAGACUGAGCGGUGCGCGCUCUAAGGAUGCGGCGGAGGGAACUGCACAAGCGAUUGGUGACUUCUAUAGCAGUGAUAGUGGGGAAGCAAAAGACAGCAAGGAUGUGAGUGAAAUGCUGCAUAGCUCUAGGCGAGACUCACAAAUAUGCGAYAACAACAGCAGCAACAUUAGUCAAAAUGCAAAUGGAAACAGUUAUGCGGGUGUGUCUACCACAUGUGCGACUGAGAACGAGCGCGGUUAUAAAGACAUUAAGCAAGCCAAAAAUGUCUGCAGCAACAAUAAGCGCAGCAAUAAGACAGUCUACAAAGUUUGUGCUAAUUCUAGUCGUUACACCACCGAAAAAUCGUGUGUAACGAUGCCAACUGCAACAACAACACACCAGCAACUACAACAGCAAGAACAGCAUUUCCGAUUAGCUGUCAACGGUUCGGCAAUGCCAUAA